GUUGGCCAGUUGCAGCCUAACAGGCCGGGCCGUUGCUUAUGACGUCACUAGCAGCGCGCCAUUUCCUGCACUUCCUGAGACAACGCGGGUAGCGAGCGCUUUUCAAACUAUCCCGACACAGCGGCUACCGGAUCCAGCAUGUUUCCGUCACCCCGUGCUCAGGGUGUGGGCUCAGCGCGGCGGCCGUUUAAUGCCCGACUGACUGGCGGCAGGAAAGGCUUGGGUCCGGGAGUGAGCGCCAGUUCUUCCCCGUCGGCGCUGUACUCGCCUGUGGGUCGUAGAGUUUCCAGCAGUGGCGCCAGAUCCACCCCGUCCCGCGUUUAUCUCCACCCGGCCGCCUCUGAGACGGUGAAUUACAAUGUACAGCUGUUUGGUUCCUCCUUGCCAGUUAAAGUAAUGGAGGCCCUGUCUAACUCCGGUGUAGACGAGCCCUUGGCUGCUCGCAUCCAUGAAGGCGGAUGGGCAUGGCUGGCGUGCAAGGAUCGCCUGAUCAUUUGGAAGAUAAGUCACUCCACCUCUGCUAAGUUAAUGGUGUGCAAAGAACUGCCUCUUCCACUGAGUGACAGCGAAUGGUCUGCUGAUUUAGCGGAUAUUUGUGCCCACACGGGUGACUCUGCUGCUGGACAGGCAGUGGCAUUAAUGGCGGCCACUCCUGAAGGGUCAGCCCGCUACUGGCCUAACAUUCUCCAUGAGAGCAACUAUAUAGAGUCUUACGCUGACUUUGGCUCCUCUCUUUGUGCAUUUGUUACAGCUGUAAAAGGCAACAGUUUCAUCCUGUCUUCAGAAAAAAAUCACCUUGUACGACUGACACCCGACGCGUCCGGAAAGAUUAAUCAACGUAUUCUGCCGCAAGGUCAGGGCAUGCUGUCCGGUAUUGGCCGCAGGGUGUCCACGCUCUUUGGCAUCUUGUCUCCUGCUGUUGAAUCCACGCUCUGCAGUGUUCUCUGGGAUAAGGGAGAUUGCUUCUAUACUCUCACAGACUCAAGUAUAAACAAAUGGGACUUGGAUGAUGCUUCGGAAAGUCACGUGCUUACCUGGGACAUGACCAGAGUCCUAAGAGAAAACAUAUCUGAUGCCAUUUGGGGGUCUGAGAGCAACUAUGAUGAUAUAAAAAAUGGAAUUAACAUUGAUUAUUUAAGUCUUAACCAGAACUGUGAUGGUUUAGUCAUCCUGGCUGCUGCCUGGCAUCCUGGUGAUAACCCCUGCCAGAUAUAUUACACACUUGUAACCGUGAAAGACGAAGGUUAUAAUAUUUCUGAUGAAAUUACAGUGGAAGUCACUCAGUUCAACCCUGUGUUUCAGUCUAGAGAUAUGCAGCUGUGCCAGCUUGUGAUACCAAAUUUUAGCAGCCAGGCCUGUUACUUGUAUACCCAAGAUAUGGUCUUUGCAUGUUCAACAGGAACUGGAAGGAGCACUUUGCCUCAAGAAAAGAUUCCAUUUGAAGCACAAGGAGAUAAUAUUAUAGGAGCUGGAUCCUGUGAAGGUUGGCCAGUUUUUUUCAUUAGAAAGAGUGGUAUGCUGACCGUUGUUGCUAGAGAGACUGCUUCUGUGCUCCCAGAGCACAUGGAAGAGUCACUGUUGUCCGUGUCUAAAUCCAGCUCUCAGGCUGCAGUAAAGGACUCAACUUCAAGACCUGACCAGAUUGCUCAUGAUGAUAAGACCAAACUUCUGAAGGCCGCUUUUUUGAGAUGUUGCAGGAAAGACAUACUGGGGGCACAGAGCAUGGUGGAUAGCCUGUUCUCAGAUUCAGACAUGGGACCAGAUGAUGAACUGGAUCAAGCAGUAAACCAAAUAAGCGUCGAUUUGAUUGAUGAUUAUCCUGCCUCUGAUCCUCGUUGGGCUGAAUCUGUCCCUGAAGAGGCAGCUGGAUUUAGCAACACUUCUCUAAUUCUCUUGCAUCAGCUGGAAGAUAAGAUGAAAGCUCACUCCUUUUUUGUGGAUUUCCUUCAUCAAGUUGGACUUUUCAGUCGUUUGAGCACUUGUCAAGCAAAAGGAAUGUUCGUAGCAACUCGACUGUUGCUGUGUGAGCAUGCAGAGAAACUGUCUGCUGCAAUUGUUUUAAAGAACCACCAUGCUAAGCUCCCUGCCUUGGUUAACUCUGCCAUACAACUUGCACUUGAUAAAAGGAUGUGCUCCAUACCCCAGAAUCUCACUGCCGCCGAUGUCUACUUUAGAGAGGUAUCCCAAAUGGAUAUUAUCUUUGAAUGCCUGGUAGACAAAGAGGAAGCUGACUUGGAAAGUACUUCCAUGGACUCAGUUGAAUGGGCAAAUAUAGUUGUCAAUAUCAAUACUAUUCUGAAAGACAUGCUACAUGCUGCCUGUCAGUACAGACAAAGUAAAAAUUCUCUCUAUAAAAAUGAAAGUGGAAUGCAAGAGCCCGAGUAUGUUCCCUGGACUGCUUCUAGUGGAAUUGCAGGUAUUAGGUCUGUUGUUACACGUCAGCAUGGUGUAAUAUUGAAGAUCUACCCACAAGCGGAUAGCAGCCUUCGUACUAUACUAAUUGAGCAGCUUGCAGCCUUGCUAAACUACUUGCUUGAUGAUUAUGUCAUCCAACUAAAAUCAGUUGAUAAACGGACUAAUCAAGAAAGAUACAGUGUCCUGGAAAUGGAGUAUGCUCAGAAGCGGUCAGAACUUUUAGCUCCUUUGUUAAGCCUAGGACAGUAUGCCUGGGCUUCAAAUCUUGCUGAGAAGUACUGUGACUUUGAUAUCUUGGUGCAGAUAUGUGAAAUGACUGAUAAUCAGAGCAGGCUGCAAAGGUACAUGACUCUAUUUUCAGAUCAGAAUUUUUCAGAUUUUCUGUUCCGUUGGUACCUGGAGAAGGGUAAGCGAGGCAAAUUACUGUCCCAGCCGGCUUCUCAACAUGGGCAGCUGGCUGUAUUCCUACAAGCUCAUGAACACCUUAGUUGGUUGCAUGAAGUGAACAGCCAGGAAUUUGAAAAAGCCCACCGAACUCUGCACACACUGGCAAACAUGGAGACACGGUACUUCUGUAAGAAAAAAACACUCCUUGGUUUAAGUAAAUUGGCUGCUUUAGCAUCUGAUUUUCAAGAGGAUAUACUGCAAGAAAAGGUAGAAGAAAUAGCUGAGCAAGAACAUUUUUUACUCCAUCAGGAGACCCUACCCAAGCAGCUUCUUGAGGAAAAACAGCUUGACUUAAAUACAAUGCCUGUAUUAUCACCAAUAGAAUUAAUUCAGUUAUACAUAUGUGAGGAAAACAAAAGAGCCAAUGAAAAUGACUUCAAGAAAGCACUGGACUUGCUAGAAUACAUUGGUGAUGACAGUGAGGUGGAUAUAGAAGAGCUGAAACUGGAAAUACUUUGCAAGGCAGUGAAGAGAGAUGAGUGGUGUGCAACUGAUGGUAAAGAUGACCCAAUCGAAGCAACAAAGGAGUCCAUCUUUGUUAAAGUCCUACAGAAUUUACUCAACAAAGGCAUUGAGCUGAAAAGCUACUUGCCUGAAGCAGAGACCUUGCUUCAGUCUGAUGAACUAAGCAGCUUGAAGACCAACUCUUAUUUUGAAUUUUCUCUGAAAGCAAAUUAUGAAUAUUAUAUGAAAACGCAGUCUUAAAUUCUUUCAAUACAAUGCCUUAAAGCACUUCUUUUCUAUUGUUUAAUAAAAUCAGUUGUUCGUAAA